UCAGGUUGCAUCAACAUUUCAAUGUCAAGUGGACCAAAACAAAUCUGAGAUGAGGAGAAAAUGAAAUGUUCUGAGCCCUAAAAUAAAGAGGGUGGAGUGGAGCUAAUUCACAGGUCACUGGUGUUGUUAGCAGUUUGCUCCAUGUGUGGGAUACCAAGAAUCAGUGUGGCAGGCAGAGGAAGGAGGUGGAGAUCAGUCCUCUGCUCCUCCUCCCUGUUCGCUCCAAAGUUGUCGACAGUCUUCCAGAGCCUGUAGGGACAGAUCAGCCAUGGCUCUGCUGCUGGAUGUGGCUGCACACUGCUGCCUGGUCCGCCGGCGGUUCAGGAGGAGGAGGAAGAAACGCUCAGAGCGUAAAGGUGGAUCAGGGAACCGGCCGACCCGAACCCAGCAGAGGCAGCCCAUCACAGAGGGGAUGGAAACACAAAGCAGGAGUUCAUGCAGCACAGAUGUUAAGGAAAAUCACAACUUGGACAACCUCUUCUCAAAAGAAGGGGUUGCAUCUGUUGCUGUUCAGCUCCGCAGUGGAAGGACGGGCAGAGCUAGGAAACGUCCCUUAGCGGAGGGUAACAAUGGCCGCACACCCAGCAAGUACUGGCCGAAAAAGCGUAAAAAGGUCUCAGGACCCAUUGUGCCCAAGAAUGCCCUCAUGCAGCUGAAUGAGAUAAAGCCUGGACUUCAAUACAAGCUGCUUUCUCAGUCUGGCCCAGUACAUGCGCCUGUGUUUGUGAUGACUGUUGAGGUCAAUGGACAGAUAUUUGACGGCGCAGGUCCGACAAAAAAGAAAGCCAAGCUAGGCGCUGCGGAGAAGGCCAUGCGUUCCUUUGUCCAGUUCCCUAACGCGUCUGAAGCACACAUGGCCAUGGGUCGGACUCUGGCUGUUCACACAGACUUCACCUCAGACCAGGGGGACUUACCUGAUGAGCUCUUCAAUGCCUUUGAGACAUCCAGAGCUCUAGGCGACCCAUUAUACCUGACCCCCAACAGCAGGAGAUCUUUCACAACUCUGGGAAUAGAAAGCCCAUUGCUCCCUCCCCCCACCUCAAACAUUGUUCAGUCUCCGCUGCCCCCUAAUCCAUUUGCCUUCACUUCCUUGACAAGUGGCAAGAACCCUGUAAUGAUUCUGAAUGAGUUGAGGCCAGGACUUAAAUAUAAUACUGUGUCUGAGAGCGGGGAGAGCCAUGCCAAAAACUUUGUCAUGUCAGUGACAGUGGACACUCAGAACUUCCAGGGUUCUGGGCGGAACAAGAGGCUGGCCAAAGCUCGAGCUGCUCAGGCUGCCCUGUCUGUACUCUUUCAUAUUGAGCCGGACCAGGUAUUGUCCCGGCAACCUAUACCCAAAGAGGGAUUGCAGCUUCAUCAACCACAGGUCCUGGCUGACGCCGUCUCUCGUUUGGUUGUUGAAAAGUUCAGUGAACUAACUGAUCACUUCACAUCUCCACAUGCUCGAAGGAAAGUCUUGGCAGGUGUUGUCAUGACAGCAGGUUCAGAUGUAAAGGAGGCACAGGUUGUCUGUGUAUCCACAGGGACAAAGUGCAUCAAUGGUGAAUACAUGAGUGACAGAGGACUAGCCCUGAAUGACUGCCAUGCUGAAAUUAUAGCUCGGCGCUCUCUCAUCAGGUUCCUGUACUCCCAACUGGAACACUUUCUCAGUCCUAAGGAAGAAGAUCAUCACAAAUCUAUCUUCACCUGCUGUGACAACAAACAAGGCUUCAGAUUGAAUGAAAAUGUCCAGUUCCACCUGUACAUCAGCACCUCCCCCUGCGGCGACGCCCGCAUCUUUUCACCUCAUGAAGCUGCUGUAGAAGACCAGAGCGACAGACACCCUAACAGGAAGGCCCGCGGGCAGCUGCGGACUAAGAUUGAGUCUGGUGAAGGAACCAUCCCAGUGCGCUCUGGUAGCACCAUUCAGACAUGGGACGGGGUUCUUCAGGGUGAGAGGCUGCUCACCAUGUCCUGCAGCGACAAGAUAGCCAGGUGGAAUGUGGUUGGAUUCCAAGGCUCUUUGAUGACCUACUUCACUCAGCCCAUCUACUUCUCCAGCAUCAUCCUGGGCAGCUUGUAUCAUGCGGACCAUCUGUCCAGAGCCAUGUACCAGAGACUGACUGAGAUGGAGAUGCUACCGCCACCUUUCAGCCUGAACAAGCCUCUGCUCAGUGGAAUUAGUAACACAGAGGCUCGUCAGCCUGGAAAGGCCCCAAAUUUCAGCGUGAACUGGACCAUCGGAGACCAGGGUUUGGAGGCGAUUAACGCCACCACAGGAAAGGAUGACCUGGGCCGACCCUCGAGACUCUGCAAGCAUGCUCUGUACACCCGCUGGAUUGACUUGCACAGCAAGCUGUUCUCCACCCUGCGUAUUCAAACACUGGAGCCCAGGAGCUACCAUGAAGCUAAGCAGGCCGCAGUGCAGUACCACUCUGCCAAGCAGGCUCUCUUCAGAGCCUUCCUCCAGGCCGGACUGGGAGCCUGGGUUAAGAAACCUGUAGAGCAGGACCAGUUCUCUUUCAGCAACUGUGUGUGAGCUGGUCAUGGAUCUUAGGUGGAGAAGUAUGUUCCCUAUUGAUUUUCUAUAGACUGAACUCUUAAAUUAUUACAUUUGUCAUUAUUAGUAUGUUCAAUAGGAGAUAGAAUAGAGGGAAAUCACAAAAUAUGAUGCAGUCUGCAGAAACAGAAUGUAGCUCUGUUCUGCUGCAUAUUUGACUGCACAUCCACCCUCAGUAGGAUGCAACUUCACAUUUAAGGUAACGACAGGACAGUGGAACCAUGAAUUUGAAGAAAGUAAUAAAAAGUCUUUCUCUGAUUCAACAUUUAACAAGUAGAACUAGUUUUGGUAAUCUUAAAUGACCCAAAACAUUGGCAAAAAAUAUCCAGUUUCACAUCAGAAAUAGAGAAAAUAAUGGCUAUGUGUAUUUUUAUAUGGUUUAUAUGGUUCCAGUUGUGUGCAAGGCAGAUGGAAAUCCUGUAAACUUAAUUUCAUGACAGUGAAAGAUGAUGUCUUAUUAUUGAUUGAAGUCUAUUUCAGGCUAAUCAACAUCACAUAAAUCUUAGUUUGGUUAUGAUUAUUAUUAGAUGUAAACUAAAUUUUAAUGUUAAAUAUGUCAUCAUGGUGGUGUACAAACUCCUAGACUGACUCAAAUGUACAAUCAAAAUAAGUUCAGCUUAAAUGUUUAUUUAAUGACCCAUUCAGAUCUAGUUGUCAUGGUGACGUGAUUUUCACAGGCUUAAAAAAAACUUUGUUUCACAAAACCAGUGAUCAACUCAGAUGGAAAGUAGUACACAUGCAGACAAAUGGAGGAAAUCUAAAUGAUUUUCAAGGAGUUAGAACAAGGCCAUGUGGGUUAACAGGAGGAUUUUAGAUCCAGUGGGAACAUGAGGUCUUCCGCUCACACCGUCAUCUAGACGCUCUAAUCAAAGAUUUGUUAUCCAUGUUUGACCUCCAGUUUUUGCAAUGCUUUGACCUGACAGUACUGAUCCUAACCAGAAAUGUAGAGUCCUCUGUAAGAACUGUAAUUAUAUAUAAACAGUGUUCAAAAUGUUUUCUUUCAGCCUUCCUAGCGGUCAUCAAGGAUCUACAAACCAGAUUCCAAAAAAAUUGGGACACUAAACAUAUUGUGAAUAAAAACUGAAUGCAAUGAUGUGGAGGUGCCAACAUCUAAUAUUUUAUUCUCAAUAGAACACAAA